AAACAGUCAUGUGCAUAGUUUAGCAAGGCCUGAUGCCUCUGGAGCUUUUUCCCUUUAUAGCACCAUUGAAUCCCAGUCCUAACAGAAGUACUGUGAAUCUUGUGGCCUCAUUCGGAACAAAAGGGAUUAGAGAAGAAAAAUCUCUUGAUAUAAAGCUUGGAAGCAAGGGCAGGCAAUCUUGGUUGUGAAUAUUUUCUGAUUUUUCCAGAAAUCAAGCAGAAGAUUGAGCUGCUGAUGUCAGUUAACUCUGAGAAGUCGUCCUCUUCAGAAAGGCCGGAGCCUCAACAGAAAGCUCCUUUAGUUCCUCCUCCUCCACCACCACCGCCACCUCCACCACCACCGCUGCCAGACCCCACACCCCCAGAGCCAGAGGAGGAGAUCCUGGGAUCAGAUGAUGAGGAACAAGAGGACCCUGCAGAUUACUGCAAAGGUGGCUAUCAUCCGGUGAAAAUUGGAGACCUCUUCAAUGGUCGGUAUCAUGUUAUUAGAAAGCUAGGAUGGGGGCACUUCUCCACUGUCUGGCUGUGCUGGGAUAUGCAGGGGAAAAGAUUUGUUGCAAUGAAAGUUGUAAAAAGUGCCCAGCAUUAUACAGAGACAGCCUUGGAUGAAAUAAAAUUGCUCAAAUGUGUUCGAGAAAGUGAUCCUAGUGACCCAAACAAAGACAUGGUGGUCCAGCUCAUUGAUGACUUCAAGAUAUCAGGCAUGAAUGGGAUACAUGUCUGCAUGGUCUUUGAAGUGCUUGGUCACCACCUCCUCAAGUGGAUCAUCAAGUCCAACUAUCAAGGCCUCCCAGUGCGUUGUGUGAAGAGUAUCAUUCGACAGGUUCUUCAAGGGUUAGAUUAUCUACACAGUAAGUGCAAGAUUAUUCAUACUGACAUAAAGCCGGAAAACAUCUUGAUGUGUGUGGAUGAUGCAUAUGUGAGAAGAAUGGCAGCCGAAGCCACUGAGUGGCAGAAAGCAGGUGCUCCUCCUCCUUCAGGGUCUGCAGUGAGUACGGCUCCACAGCAAAAACCUAUAGGAAAAAUAUCUAAAAACAAGAAGAAAAAGCUGAAAAAGAAACAGAAGAGGCAGGCUGAGUUAUUAGAAAAACGCCUUCAGGAGAUAGAGGAAUUGGAGCGAGAAGCUGAAAGAAAAAUAAUAGAGGAAAACAUCACCUCCGCUGUACCUUCCAAUGAGCAAGAUGAUGAGUACUGCCCAGAGGUGAAACUAAAAGCGGCAGGAUUAGAGGAGGCAACCGAGGAAGAGACUGCUAAAGACGAUGGUGAAGCUGAGGACCAAGAAGAGAAAGAAGACACUGAGAAAGAAAACAUUGAGAAAGAUGAAGAUGAUGUUGAACAGGAGCUUGCGAAUAUAGACCCUACAUGGAUUGAGUCACCCAAAACCAAUGGCCAUAUUGAGAAUGGUCCAUUCUUACUGGAACAGCAGCUGGAGGAUGAAGAGGAUGAUGAAGAUGACUGCCCAAAUCCUGAGGAAUAUAACCUUGAUGAGCCCAAUGCAGAAAGUGAUUACACAUAUAGCAGCUCCUACGAACAAUUCAAUGGUGAAUUGCCAAAUGGACAACAUAAGAUUCCGGAGUCGCAGUUUCCAGAGUUUUCCACUUCAUUGUUCUCUGGGCCCUUAGAACCUGUGGCCUGUGGCUCUGUGCUCUCUGAGGGAUCUCCACUUACUGAGCAAGAGGAAAGCAGUCCAUCCCAUGACAGAAGCAGGACAGUUUCAGCCUCUAGUACUGGGGAUUUGCCAAAAACAAAAACUCGGGCGGCUGACUUGUUGGUGAACCCCCUGGAUCCACGGAAUGCAGAUAAAAUUAGAGUAAAAAUUGCUGACCUGGGAAAUGCUUGUUGGGUGCAUAAACACUUCACAGAGGACAUCCAAACACGUCAGUAUAGAUCCAUAGAGGUUUUAAUAGGAGCCGGCUACAGUACACCUGCAGACAUUUGGAGUACAGCAUGCAUGGCAUUUGAGCUGGCAACAGGAGAUUAUUUGUUCGAACCGCAUUCUGGGGAAGACUAUUCCAGAGAUGAAGACCACAUAGCCCACAUCAUAGAGCUGCUAGGCAGUAUCCCAAGGCACUUUGCUCUAUCUGGAAAAUAUUCUCGGGAAUUCUUCAAUCGCAGAGAUCACAUAGCAUUGAUCAUUGAACUGCUGGGGAAAGUCCCUCGAAAAUACGCUAUGUUGGGGAAAUAUUCCAAGGAGUUUUUCACCAGAAAAGGAGAACUGCGGCACAUCACCAAGCUGAAGCCCUGGAGCCUCUUUGAUGUACUUGUAGAAAAGUAUGGCUGGCCCCAUGAAGAUGCUGCACAGUUUACAGAUUUCCUGAUCCCGAUGUUAGAAAUGGUUCCUGAAAAACGAGCCUCAGCUGGCGAAUGCCUUCGACAUCCUUGGUUGAAUUCUUAGCAAAUUCUACAAAUAUAGCAUUCUGAGCUAGCAAAUGUUUUCCAGUACAUUGGACCUAAACGGUGACUCUCAUUCUUUAACAGGAUUACAAGUGAGCUGGCUUCAUCCUCAGACCUUUAUUUUGCUUUGAGGUACUGUUGUUUGACAUUUUGCUUUUUGUGCACUGUGAUCCUAGGGAAGGGUAGUCUUUGUCUUCAGCUAAGUAGUUUACUGACCAUUUUCUUCUGGAAACAAUAACAUGUCUCUAAGCAUUGUUUCUCGUGUUGUGUGACAUUCAAAUGUCAUUUUUUUGAACGAAAAAUACUUUCCCCUUUGUGUUUUGGCAGGUUUUGUAACUAUUUAUGAAGAAAUAUUUUAGCUGAGUACUAUAUAAUUUACAAUCUUAAGAAAUUAUCAAGUUGGAACCAAGAAAUAGCAAGGAAAUGUACAAUUUUAUCUUCUGGCAAAGGGACAUCAUUCCUGUAUUAUAGUGUAUGUAAAUGCACCCUUGUAAAUGUUACUUUCCAUUAAGUAUGGGAUGGGGACUCAAUUUUUCAGAAAAGCUACCAAGUCCUUAGUGCUUUGUAGCCCAAGUUGCAUGUAGCAGACUCACUGCUUCAAGGAGUUGUGCAAAUUUUUCAUUCCAUAGCAGUCCAUUUACAUUAGAUUUUUAAAUAAAAUGGCUCUGGGUAACAAGAUGUGUCAUUUCCUAUAUGGCACUUUAAAAGAAGAAAAGACAUGCUUCUCAUUCUAAAAUAUACCUUAUAAUUGGGCAGUUCCAUUUGUAUUUUUGCAUAUUUUUUAAAGUACUUUAAAAGAAAAAAAAGCAAUUUCUCUUUGAAAAUGUGAUAGCCUGGUACCACGUUGUGUUGCCUCCUCCAAACACUGCAAGUUAAAUACAUGAAAUUGGACAAGAGAAACAUAUUCAGUGUGUGGAAUGAAAAAAUAUAUAUAUUUUUUGGAAAAGCAUGAUCGUGUUUGUCUAAACACAAGGUAUGGUAUAUACAGUUUGCAGUGCAGUGGGAAGAAUACUUUUCACAGCUCAAAGGUAACAAUGAUCACGUUCAUUCCAUAGGCAGCUUUAUGUGUGGCUACAACAGCUUAUACUAGCUUUUUCUUUGUCUUUCCAUGAAUGAGAAAAUGAUUUUCCCUUUGCAGGUUGCACACAGUUUUUGUUUAUGCAUUUCCUUAAAAUUAAUUGUAGAAUCCAGGACACAAAAUCCAUUAGUAGGCAAUACAAUUUUAGAAUGUUAAUAUAUAGAGGUAUAUUUAGCCUCUUUUAGAUGUCAGUGAAAUGAAUGUCUUUUAUUUUAAAUUUUACAUUCAUUAAGGUGCCUCUUUUUUCUUGACUUUGUCCAUUAACAUUUAUUCAUAUGCCUUUGCAAUAACUAGAUUGUGAAAAGCUAACAAGUGUUGUAACAAUAAUCCAUUGUUUGAGGUGCUUGCAGUUGUCUUAAAAAUUAAAGUGUUUGGUUUUUUUCCAGACAU